UUGUGCAUUUAUAAUUACAAGUCACCUCAUAGUUUGUAAUUAAAUGGGUUAACCCAUUUUGUGAGGUAACUCGAGAUUAUAAAUUCACAAAACGACGAGAUAAUUACAACUUUGUGGUUUAUCGAGGGGUAUGAGGCACGUGGCACCUGUUGUAGUUUUGGCGGGAAAAAUAAACAAUUAUUUUACGUAAAGUAUAGGAAUAUUUAGUCUUUUAAUCGCACGUAAUAAAUAAAACACUCUAGCAAUGUACCACUUGGUAACAUUUAAUUGCAAACUAUGAGGUUUUGAAGAACUUUUUAAGCGGCACAAGAUUUCGUGAGGGGGAUGCCGUUGCAAGCGUUCUCCUUCCCCAGCCCAGAGACGCGACUCUUGGUCGUGGAUGGCACCAUCAUCUGCAAGGUCAAGCUGCAGUACGGCCUCGCCAGCAGAGAUCACUGGGCUGCACUCAAAGCCAAACCGCACAUCCAGGACGAACUGGAGGUAGCGAUCAGAGUGGUUCUGGCAAACGAAGACAAUCUGAAGCCCUUCGUCACGGACAGUUUGAGCGUCUUCCCGUACAAGCACACGUGGGAAGCCGCGGGGACAAUGAAAUUCCGUGAGUGCGGCGUCGACCUCAAGUCCCACCCCUGCAUGUUCAUCAUCUACGUGGAGGCGCUGGAUGGCUCCCGAGUGCACGAGAACGGAACAGGCUCAGGAAAUCUCGCAUCCGCAGUCACCGACGAUGUGAGUGAGACAGACUGUCUUGAAGAGGAGUCUGAUGAUGAUGAGGAUGAGGAGGAGGAGGAUGACGAGGAGAUGCAACGUGAAAUGAAACGAAGGAGGAGUGAUGAACAUGAUGACGAAGAUGAUGACAAUGGCAGAGCUUUAACGGUUGGUACAACCUUCACCAUCAGCCACGUGAAAGUGCAGGAGAGUGACUCGUCACGAGCCUCGGAACUCCACUCCACAGGGAGCGCGAGGAGGAGUGGACAGGAGACAUUCGCACACGAUGGCGAGGCCACUGCUGCUGCUGCAAUCUCCACUCAACGCAGUGACAGGGACGGAUGGCACGCACGCUCCGAGAUUGUCACGGAACCAGCCAAGGAUGGUGUUGAUGGUGUUGAUGGUGGUGAUGAUCUUAAAGCCGUAAGCCAGCUAGGAAGAUGGGCCAGAGCCAUUUUUGGACUCCUCAAGCUGCCGCUGAAGCUGUUUGGAUACUGAGGGGGAAGACGCGCAAGCCGGGGGGAGGGGGGAGAUCAUCAUCGGUGGAGUCGAGGAAUCUACCUGAGCGUCCGUGUGUGUGUGAGUGUGUAUGUGCGUGGGUACGCGUGAGUGCGUGUGAGCAUGUGAGCAUGUGAGUGUGUGUGAGUGUGUAUGUGCUUGGGUGUGUGUGAGUGUGUAUGCGUGAGUGCGUGAGUACAUGUGGAUGGAUACGUGCGGGUGCGUGCGUGGGGGCAUGUGUGAGCGUGUGAGCAUGUGAGUGCGUGUGAGUGUGUGCGUGUGUAUGUGUGCGUGGGUGUGUACACGUGAGUGCGUGUGAGCAUGUGAGUGUGUGGGAGUGCGGGCGUGCGGGUGUGUGGGUGUGUGCGUGCGUGUGUACGCGUGAGUGCGUGCGAACGUGCGGGCGUGUGUGUGAGUGUGUGUGUGAGCGUGCGAGUAUGUGAGUGUGUGGGAGUGCGGGUGCGUAGGUGUGUGAGUAUCUGGAUAUGCGUGAGAAUGGGUGCGGCUGUGUACAUGCGGAUGGGUGCGUGCCGGUGCGUGUGUGGGGGCGGGCAUGUGAGUGUGUGAGCGUGUGAGUAUGUGGUGUGCGAGCGCCGGGUGGCUAAAGCACAGCAGUCAUCUCAGUCAGUCGACCCGUGGCACCUGCUGGGUCUGCCCCGUGACCUCCUGCCAGCGGGCGUUCGACACUUCACGUGACCUCCUCCUCCUGCCCCUAGCCUGGCACAGCAGUAGUACAACCCAUGGCACCUGCAGGGUCUGUCACGUGACCUCCUCCUGCACCUAGCCUGGCACAGCAGUCAACCCAUGGCACCUGCAGGGUCUGUCACGUGACCUCUUCCUGCACCUAGCCUGGCACAGCUGCAGUCAACCCAUGGCACCUGCAGGGUCUGUCACAUGACCUCCACCUGCACCUAGCCUGGCACAGCAGCAGUACAACCCAUGGCACCUGCAUCGCAGAGGUCGCAAACGGGUUUUGAUUCCUUACCCGUACCCGGCCGCACCAGGGUCGCAAACGGGUACCCGGCCGGGUACGGGUAGCCGGGUAUCGGGUACCCGAUUUCGACCUCUGCUGCAUCGUCUGUCCCGUGACCUGCCACUUCACGUGAGUGCUUCUAACGUGCACCUAGCCUGGCACGAGCGCCGUGGUGCCUUUCGCCGCCACCGAGUGGUGAACGGCGGUUGUUGUUGAAGUUGUAGCUCGUUAGCGCAACGCUUUGUUGAUGCGCCGAUGUUUUGAGUCACGUUCUGAACACCCCCGCCGUGCGUGACCCCCUUACUUGAAAUGUGUCAUGCAAAAGAGCUUGAUAGCUCUUCGGAUUUCCUCUG